AUGGCAAUGCGGGCAAUGCCAGAAAUAAUUGAAGCAACAGACUACAAACUUGUGCAACAACAAACACCACAUUCUACUAAUCAUGGUCUAAAGAACCUACAAAUUCAAGUUUUGGGUGUCCCGCAAACGGGUGCGAAGUCUCGUGUGGAAACUCAGAUAAAACUAUGCCUACAACUUGUCACCGAUAAAGGUGAAAAAGUGCCUCUGUGGUCGCAUUUGCGGCUUCCAGAAUACAUGGUGGCCAAGGAGAAACUUAAAACGAAAAAUGCGAGAAAUAAUCAAGGACAAUCAAUGAAUAUCGUGGAGAAGAGUGUACUUAAUCUUGAGGCUAAUGUGAUUUGUGCGAGUGACGCUAAAAAAGUUCUUACUUGUCUUGGGUGUGUUCAACGUGAGUUGGAUUCUGAUUAUACAAAUACUGUGAUUGCGUCUGGCGUAUCUCCCGCCAUUAUGAUAACAGAUGAUCAUAAAUCUUCAAAGACAAAAGUUGGUUCACGUAUGAAAAGAGCUCGAGGAGAUUAUGGUCGACGAAACUCCACGAUUCACCCGGAUAUUCCAAAGUCUCCUCGAGGAUUAAUGUCGCCUCCGAUUCUUCCUCAGCAUCUUGACAAUACUGCAGCAACAGUUAACACAAUUCCAUUCCCUCUUGUUAAUGCUAAUGAUCCAAAUAAUGUGCUAGUAAAUCUUUCAUUAUCAAAUCCAAUCAAUAAUCUAAAUACCCUUUACCAGCCAGUUCAAUUACACCAAAAUAUGAAUGCUGCGAAUCAAUUCAUAAUUAAUUCUCCUCAUCAAGGAAACACAGGUGGUGGAAUGCUAUUGCACAAUUCUAAUGCGAUGCUCCGACCAACCAACUUUUUCAAUGGACCCACCAAUCACAAUGUCUCCAUGUUUCCGGAUACUAUUAAUGGAUAUGCUAUUCCAAGGAUAAGCAGGUUGAUUCCGUCAAGUGGACCAACACGUGGUGGCAUCGAAGUUACUAUAUUAGGAACCAAUUUCUUUGAUGGAUUGACUUGUAUGUUUGGAGAUACUCCUGCAAUCCCUACUCAAUAUUGGGGUGAUUCGACACUUAUUUGCUUGCUUCCUCCUGCAAUCACCCCUGGACCAGUCAUUAUGAGUUUCAAAGAAUUCCCAAUAAACGUGUUCGACUCUACCGAAAAUGAUCUUGUUUUUUUCACCUACAAUGAUGAUUCGGAUCGUGCUCUGAUGGAAUUAGCUCUUCGAUAUGUUGGACUGAAAAUGACUGGAAAAUUUGAGGAUGCUCGAAAUAUUGCAAUGCGCAUUGUUGGAAGUGAAAAUGAUGAUGGUCAAUCUGGGCAAUCUUCUGGUAAUGGCAAUAUGAACGGAAUGACCAACAAUAAUAAUCUCUCAUCUGCUCUACAAGAAGCCUCAAUGUCCAACAAUCUCGAAGAGCAUAUUAUCAAAACUUUAAGUAUAGUCGAUGUCUAUGAAACAGAGCACCCCAACAAUAUAUCAUUACAGAAUGUCACAAAGCAUACGAUGUUACAUCUCGCUGUACUGCUCAACUUUGAACAACUCGCCGCAAAUCUUAUAGAGAGGGGAAUUAAUCUUAAUGCUAUAGAUCAUUACGGAUUCACGGCUCUUCAUUAUGCCGCGUGGACUGGUAAAACCGAAAUAGUUAGACUAUUAUUGGCAGCUGGUUCUGGCGAUGUCAUUAGAAACUAUAAUGAUCAAUGUGCUGUUGAUUUAGCACGUAUUGGUCGUUACGAAGAUAUAGUGAACUUGAUUGAUCAUUAUCAACAUGACUCUGGUGUAUCUUUAUCACCUACUUCUUCCGACGAGACAUCCACACUAGAUUAUGACGAAGAUUGGGACGACGAUAGUGAUAGUGAUGAAAAAGAACCACAAAAAACAUUGGAUAAUGAAAAUUCAUCAAAUGAUAAUAGGAAUAUUUUAGAAAAUAACACGUCUAUAGUGGAGUCAAAGAAUGAAGCCGGGGCACAAUUAGAAGAAACUAACACACCUAAUAUUGAGUGGGUAGAUUCCAAAACAGCUACCAAAUUACUGCUGCAAGAACAGGCUCACAUUAAUGACGAAAUUCCCAUUGCCGAACCUAUAGAAGAUGAUAAAAAACCAAAACAACCUCUUGCUGACCUCGCAAAUGUUUCCUCGAUUUGGCUUCAAAAGACUUUUGCUCAUUUACACAUGCCAACGCUCAGCAAACCUUCACAGAUAAACAUUCAGUUACCAAAUAUCAAGAUGCCUCAUCUCCAAAUGCCAAAUAUUAAUAUGCCACAAAAAUUUUCGACCAUGACUUUUACUCCAAAUCUAUCAUCUCUUCCACGGCCUUCAAUGCCAUCUAUGCCUUCUUUGUACAUGAAUCUUGAAUUCCCUACGUUGCCUGCAUUCCCUGCUAUAAUACCCUCAGGGUUCCCAGGUUUCGUGAAGGAUAAUCAUUCGGCUGCUGUGAAUGGAAAAGGAAGCAACAUAGCAGCAAAUUCUGGUGGAUUUGAAAAUUUGAAAUUCGGAAGCAACUUUUAUUGGGAUCAUUACAAAAGAAUGUUGUGGCAAGGAACGGCUCAAAAUACGCCUCAACCUAAACAAAAAGCUGACGAUGCACCUGCUGGUCAAGAUGGCUUUAAUGUUGAUUCAAUUAAUGAUGAACAAAGUAUUACAUACGAAAGACAUGAACAAAAAGUCAGGAGACUAAAACAGGAUCGCAUGUUAUAUCUAUUUUGGGUGCCUGCAUUAUUGUUGAUGCUUGCGUUGGCCUAUGUUCAUUAUGGAAUUGGGAUAUGA